AGCUUCGAUGCCUACGUGCAACACUUCGGCAAGACCUACGCGUCGGACGCCCACCGCGACGCCGCUUCGGCCCACUUCGAGGCGUCGAAGCGGCGCGUCGCGGCGCACAACGCGCGGGCGCUGUCCUGGCGCGCGGGCCUGAACCAGUUCAGCGACAUGAGCGACGACGAGUUCGAGGCGGCCGUGCUCAUGGACCCGCAGGAGUGCUCGGCGACGGGCGGCGUCGGCGCGGGCGCGGCCGCGGACCUGCCCGACGCGCUCGACUGGCGGUCGCGCGGCGUCGUCUCCGAGGUGAAGAACCAGGGCCACUGCGGCUCCUGCUGGACGUUCUCGACCGUCGGUGCCCUCGAGGCGCACCUCGCGCUCAAGCAGGACGCCUGGCGCGCGCCGCGCCUCAGCGAGCAGCAGCUCGUCGACUGCGCGGGCGCCUUCGACACCAAGGGCUGCGCCGGCGGCCUGCCGAGCCACGCCUUCGAAUACGUCAAGUACGCGGGGGGCCUCUCGACGGAGUUCUCCUACCCCUACCGCGGCGUCGACCAGGCCUGCGCCUUCAACGCGACCGCGUCGUCUUCGGGCCUGCCGACGAGCGCCGGCGUCGGCGUCGUCGUCCCCGGCGGGAGCGUCAACAUCACCAAGGGCGACGAGGCGUCCCUCAAGUACCACCUGGCGACGAAGGGGCCCGUGUCCGUCGCGUUCCAGGUCGCGUCCGACUUCCGCGACUACGCGUCGGGCGUCUACUCGUCGACGGUGUGCAAGAACGGGGCCAUGGACGUGAACCACGCGGUCCUCGCCGUCGGCUACGGCACGGACCCCGUCUCGAACAUGACCUACUGGACCAUCAAGAACUCCUGGGACUACUCUUGGGGGGACGAAGGGUUUUUCAAGAUGGAGUCGUUCGUCAACAUGUGCGGCGUCGCGAACUGCAACGCGUACCCG